UCCGGGCUCUCUGGCGGCUGGACUUCCCAGGAAAAGUUUUCACCGUUUUCCGUCUUCGCUCAGCCGCUGCACUUUUUGACCUUAUUUUAAACAGGAGUGGGAGGUCGCUCUAUAUUCCCAAACAGCCUACAUUUUUUCGGGGGGUGCACCUUCUCCUUAGCGGAACCCCCCAGGUUUAAACCGAGCCGGUGAGAGGGGCUCGGAGGAAGGCCACGGAUGACCGUAGGAUUGUUUAUGUAUCUUAUAACGAGUUAGAGUCGGUGCAUACUUUAGAAAUUGAUCACCAAUAAUGAGUGGACACCCGUCGCAGAGGCGGCAAUCAAACGUCGGCUCGAUUCUGCUGACACCGCAGGAGAAUGAAUGCCUUUUCAACCAAAUUGGCAGGAAAUGCAUCACAUUGUCCUCAGCAGUGGUCCAGGUGUUCGUAGCAGAUAGGAACUCCAGCUGGAACAAGAGAUGCUGCGGGGUGGCCUGUCUUAUCAAAGACAACCCCCAACGAUCCUACUUCAUCAGGGUCUAUGACAUCAAGGACGGUAAGAUGAUGUUUGAACAGGAGCUGUACAACAACUUUACCACCUACCUCCCCAAAUCUUACUUCAUCACAUUUGCUGGAGAUACAUGCCAAGUGGGCCUGAACUUUGCCAGUGAAGAGGAGUCCAAGCGUUUCCGGGCCCAUCUGUCAGAGCUGAUGGGAAGAAGACAAAGGAAAACUGAAAAGAGACGCGACCCUCCAAAUGGCCCUACGUUGCCCAUGGCCACCGUCGACAUCAAAAACCCAGCGAUCAGCGGUGUUCAGGGUUACCAUAACAACUCUCAGAUGAACAACAUUGUGCACUCCACCUUCCCCAAGAAGGAGAAAAAGACCAAAGGGAAGAAGAAGAGGUUGACUAAGGCAGACAUUGGCACACCAAGCAACUUCCAGCACAUUGGGCAUGUAGGAUGGGAUCCAAAUACAGGUUUUGAUUUGAAUAACUUGGACCCAGAGCUGAAGAACCUGUUUGAUAUGUGUGGCAUCUCUGAGGCGCAGCUGAAGGACAAGGAGACCUCUAAGGUCAUCUAUGAUUUCAUAGAGAAGAAAGGAGGCGUAGAGGCUGUCAAAAAUGAGCUACGGAGACAAGCUCCUCCGCCCCCUCCAUCCAGAGGCGGCAGCGGCCCUCCUCCCCCACCCCCACACCACAGCUCAGCCCCUCCUCCUCCCCCUCCUCCUGCCCGGGGACGAGGCGCCCCACCACCUCCCCCCUCAAGGGCUCCCAACUCCGCGCCCCCACCUCCCCCUCCAUCCCGACCAGGCAUGUCCGCUCCACCGCCUCCCCCGCCCAGCCGAGGCUCCCUCCCGCCUCCCCCUCCACCAGCCCAUGCCUCAAUUCCUGUGGCGCCUCCCCCGCCACCGCCUCCCCCCUCAUCCUCAACUCCAUCUAGCACUGGAGCACAACCUCCUCCCCCUCCUCCACCUCCACCACCACCUCCUGGUCCUCCACCCCCUGCUCCUCCUCCGCUGCCCACGGAGGAUAAUGGAGGGGACAGCAGUGUGCCCGGCAAGUCAGCAUUACUCAGUCAGAUCAGAGAAGGCACCCAGCUCAAGAAGGUGGAACAGAAAGAGAGGCCAGUGUCCAGCACGGGCAGAGACGCACUUCUGGACCAAAUCAGACAAGGAAUCCAACUUAAAACUAGGGAUGAAACUGUUGAUUCAACUCCUUCCACCCCGGCCCCAUCGGCAGGCAUCGUAGGGGCCUUGAUGGAGGUGAUGAAGAAAAGGAACAAAGCUAUUCACUGUUCAGAUGACGACGACGAUGAUGAAGAUGAUGAGGACUUUGAGGAUGAGGAUGAAUGGGAUGACUAGCGUUUUUUGGUUUUGUUUUGUUUUGUUUUGUUCUUUUUUUAUCCCUUCCCCAACCCCCAGGAUGAUUGACACUAAAAUGUUCUUGUCUUUCUAAAAAGAAAACUUUAAUUUCAAAUUAUAAAUGUAAAUGUUAUAUCAAUUUGCUGUAUAUUUUUGUUGCCUUUAUGCUUUUUUUUUUUAUUAAUCUGUGCAAUACCUCAUUUACUCUGUUAAAGUUUGUCAUUCUCAUAUCUUAGUUUGUUGUUUCUUUGUCAUGUUCACCCGGUCUGUCCGUUGGCUCCAUCUCAUUCUCUCAACAGCAAAUAUGUCACAUCUCGCUUUUUAACUGUCUUCUGCUUUUUCUCUGUUCAUCCCAUCUUUCUGUAUCUCUCUCUCCUCCUCCCACAUUCACAACUCUUCGAUAUUUAUCACCUCCAUCUGUCAACCAUCUCAACCAUCUCUCAUGUCUGCUGCCUCCCAUCACACGUUCUCUCACUGUGUCACUCUCGUGUUCUCUUGCUAUCCCAUGUUCCCAGAAUAACGUGCAAUUUUACAUCAAGUUGUCUCUUGAACCUUUAAAGUUGAAUGUUUGUUUGUUUUUUUCUUUUGGUCAGUGAUUUGAAGGGGGAGGGCUUACGAAACUAGUUGCUACAUAUCCUUCAUCAUGUCAUCAUUGUUCGUCAGGAGGAAGAAAGAAAUUGAACUAUUUUCAUACCCUAUUGCUCUGUAGUUUAUUUUUACUUAUACAAAUGAUCCUAGUUUAGCUCUCAUAUUUUCUUAAAACAAAGACGAAGAAAAAAAAAGAAUUGCUCUUUUUGGAAUAUUUAGCUUCAUUUGCUGUUGACUGUAAAUUUGCUCCAGAGUUUGAGUCUUGUUAUAUUUUUGCACAGAUUGAAAGAGGAGACUCGCUGCAUGAGUACAGGACAUUUUCAGGUCUGUAUCAUUAUUAAAAAAAACAACAUACCUAUGCUUUAAGAAAUGAGGCAAAAUACACUUGGACAUUAUGCGUUUUAACCGCUAACACAUCACACUACAAGACAGUACACAUGUGGCGGUAGCACACAGUGUUAUGGCUGACUAUCUAUUGUGAAUUUUUGUUUUGAUUUUUUUGUCAGUCACACUACGUUCAGUUGAAAUUGCGGUUUGUUUGUUUUUUUAAGUCUUUUUAUUUUCUACAAUAGCAAGCAGAGCAUUAAUAAAUGCCUGCUUGUUGGAAUCAGGUCCUUCAUCAUGUAAAGCUUGAGGAAUAAAGACAUUUUAGUUAUACACACAUGAUGGUUAUUUUAAGGGUCCAUAUGCUAAGUUACUAUACAGAAACAGCGGGGCUAAAGUUGUGUUCUUCCUGCUCUUCCUGUUGUAGACACUAAGUGCUGACACAGCGUAGAGAAAAAUAUUAGAUCCAUGGCAUUAUGCAUAAAACAUGUAAAUAAUAAAACAAGUAUCAAUAUUUUCUUGACUAACUAGUAGAUAAUGAAGUGUAAUAUAGGAUUCGCUUACAUAAAGAACUUGGUGGGCAAUUUUUCUCUACAAAGAGUCAAUGAUCCAAAUUUAGCUUAAAGGUGCUGUAUGUGAAAUUUAGUGUCAUCUAGCAGAACGGACUGGGCAGAAAUGGAAUAUAAUAUUUAGAAGUAUGUUUUACUUAGUGUAUAAUCACCUGAAAGUAAAAAUUAUUGUGUUUUCAUUACCUUUAGAAUGAGCUCUUUACAGUUAAAUAUGGAGCGGGUCAUCUUCCACAGAGAAGGCCAUGUUGCACCAUCAUAUUUCUACAGUAGCCUAGAAUGGACAAACCUAAUACUGGCUCUCUGCAACCUCACCACUAGAUGCCACUAAAUCUUAAACACUGGUCCUUUAAUAUUAACAAGUACAUGUAUAAUUUAAUGGAGGAUUUGCCACCAAGGACAAUACUCAAAACGCCAGAUAUAAAAAUGACCUGGCAUACUUGGGGUGAAUGACAGCUCUCCUGUGACUGAUUGUCCCAGUGUGAUAACCUGAAAAUACCAGCAAGAUAAGUUUAAGAAAAAAGCAUUUCCUUCGAUUAUGGCCCGUAACCGUUUCUGAAUUGCUAACUAACUAACCAGAGUAGGCAUGUUUCUUUCUUUAAAGCGAGACCAUGUAGCUAACUAGUUACCAUUAUGGGAUCAUGCUAAAUGCUAAAAUGUUAAACAUAAGCACAAAUGCAGGAAAGGCAUAAAGUCGUUGAAGUGACUCCGUAAUGUGCUGUAUACAACAGUAGCUAAAGAUGAUGUGAAUGAGGAAGAAUGUGUUUUCGUCUUUCAAAAGUUACAUAGUCUCACCUUAAAUCUACACAUUGAGGGACACUGUUUAAUAGAGACACAGCCUGGUCCUCCCAUGUUACACUACAACAGGCAUAUUAGCUCUACAGUAGACUUACUGUUCUUGCCCUCAUGGGUUGACCUAUUGUUGUGCAGAUUAUGAUUUUUAGUUUGUUUCCUAACUGAGAGAAAAAAAGCAUCUUAGCAUUAUACAAGCGGUAUAUGGCUAGUCAAGCCAUGAAUUACAAAUAGUAUCCCUCAAAUAUUCUCAUGAUGCUUUUGUAAUGAAUGCAGUUACUGACAAGCAAAUAAGCUGCCUAGUAUUUAGCAGAUACAAUUAAAAAUGUAGCAUUUCUAAAUGAGGAGUGCUAAUUUUGCACAGGCUAACAAGCAGCAUGCUAACAUUGCUAACAUAGUUUUGGGUUAUAGGAGAACAAAUUCCAAAACAUCUUUCCCAUGAUGUAACCUAAUAUCCAGGAAAGAAAUAUUAACACAAUAGCUUAUUGAAUUUUUUUUUUUUUUUUUCACCUUUGGUUUCUGGGUUUUUUUCUCUUCUGUUUUUUGUUUUCACUGUUUGCCAGUCAGUGAAAAGAGGAAUAUUGGCAUCCUCUUUAAAUUCUGUCUUUGAGAGACAAAUUGCCACUUGUUGGAUGUAAGAACUGACCUCUUUUUGUCAAAUAUCAUGAUACUUUUAUGGGAAAAACCUAGCCAUGUUUUCGCUGAUGUUAGCUUCUGUAGGUAACUCGGUUAAUAAGAUGUUAUGGACGCCAAGCCUUAUCAAAGAGGACUGGGCAAAUGAACUCUUACAUUGUACACUCCAAUAAAAGGUUGAUAUUUA